GCGCUUCAGGAGAUACGAAAAUAUCAAAGCUCAACAGACCUGCUUAUAAAACGCGUUCCUUUUGCCCGGUUAGUGAAAGAGAUACUUCAGGACACCUCCUACUAUCAAGAAGAAGGGCCAUUACGGAUACAGGCUGUAGCAAUGGGUGCUCUUCAAGAAGCAGCAGAAGCAUACCUGGUCAAUGAAUUCUCGAUGGUUAAUCUUUGUGCCAUACAUGCAAAGCGGGUUACCAUCAUGACCAAGGACUUUUCUCUGGUAAGGCAGAUACGGAACGGGGUGCUGGGAAAGAACGUGGAAAUAGGUAUGAGAAGAUAG